CCCGAGAGCUGGCCCAGCAGAUCGAGGAGGAAACCAUCAAGUUUGGGAAGCCUCUGGGCAUCCGCACGGUGGCUGUGAUCGGAGGCAUCUCCCGCGAGGACCAAGGCUUCCGCCUUCGCAUGGGCUGCGAGAUCGUCAUCGCCACGCCAGGGCGUCUCAUCGAUGUGCUGGAGAACCGGUACCUGGUGUUGAGCCGCUGCACCUACGUGGUGCUGGACGAGGCAGAUCGCAUGAUCGACAUGGGCUUCGAGCCCGACGUGCAGAAGAUCCUGGAGCACAUGCCCGUCACCAACCAAAAACCCGACACCGAUGAGGCCGAGGACCCCGAGAAGAUGUUGGCCAACUUUGAGUCGGGGAAACACAAGUACAGACAG